UCGAGCGAAUGUUCUCGGGUUUUUCCCCCCUUCACUUUGGACACACUCGCCCUGUCGUCGUCCCCUUCGUCCCCUUCUUCUCCCUCCGUGCCACCUCAAGAGUCUCCAGCUCAGGGUUUCCUCUCGAUCCUCUGCAACUCCGCCUUCGACGCGUUCCAUGAGGGAAUCCAACGGCUGAGCUCCAUCCGGAAAAUCGAGAUGAUCCGCCGCGGCUCGCUGGGACGGCUGCUCCUUCUCCCGGCGAUCCUGAGCUGCGCCCCGCCGGCGGCGGCGAGCUCGGCAUCCGCGGCGUGCGAGCUCAGCUUCGCCGACCGCGACAGGCUCUACAACUAUAGCCUGGCCUCUCCCAUCCCUAAGUUCCCGCACGGCGUGCUCAGCGAGGACGGGUUUUACAAAGUGGCGGCAGAUGAUACUGUGCUCUGGUUUCAGCUCUGCGGCGCUAUGAUAUUCAAUCAUGACCCACCCAGAUGCGUUGACUGCUCGGAUUGCGGAGGUCCGUCACGCUGCGGCAUGGAGUGUAGUGCUCUUGUGACAGAUGAUGUUGAAGGCUACCCAGUAUGUAUUACAAUUGGGCGUGCAACUAGCACUCAUGUUGACGUCAUAGAUCAGAAGAAACCGCACAGUGGUGUCACUGUCAAGAUGAUGAGUAAUGGUGGCAAGUCUAAUUGUUCACUUUCUGUAUCCAUCAUAUGUGAUCCAAGUAGAGUUCAAGGACCAAAUUUACUGGAGAAAUAUGGGACUUGUGACUAUGCUACAUCGUUGAGGCAUCCUUCUGGCUGUGCUAAAAUAAUCUACGUGCAUGGACGUGGAUGGGGUUGGUUUGGUAUCCUCCUAAUAAUAAGCAUGUGUCUCUUUGGAGGGUAUCUACUUGCUGGUGCAGUGUAUAGAUACUUUAUGCUUGGAGUUCGUGGUAUAGAUGCAAUUCCAAACUUAGAGUUUUGGGCUAGCUUGCCACAUAGAACACAGGGUUUAGUUAUGUCUCUAGUGCAAAAAUUUCGAGGGCCUUCUCAAGGUCACCAAGGCUCCUAUACUUCUGUUGGCUUUUAAGCAAUUAGUUUCCAUUCAAGAUUCAUUGGGCAAUAAUCUCCGGCUGCUUCUUAUGGAAAUGCACAUUUUAAAGAUGAGAUGCAGUCUUCCGAUUGAGAAUCUGACAUUCAAGAUUCGAUUUUGGGAUCAAUACCACCUAAAUACAACGACGUGGCAGGACUGACUCUCUCUCUCUCUCUCUCUGUUAUUGCAUUUUUUGAAAGCUCCAAAUUCUCGAUUGUUGAGGAUAUUUUCUUUUUGGUUCCCAUCACGAUUACUUUCUUCUACUGUUUUUCGUAAAUUAAGUUCAUUUUACGUUUGCCAAGUAAAGAAGCAAACCUCUUUGUUUAAAAUUUUCUUCUCUUUUAAGAAAUUAUCAGUGGGCUCAAUUGAUUCCUCAAUUGACUCUUGUACUGUGUCACGUAAUGUGCAUCCAAAGUUCAUUUAGGAGAAGGACAAAAUUUGGAAAUUACAAAGUUCAUCAGGAGCUUUCGACGGU